UCAAAUGAACCUAGCUUAACUGCACUAUGUCAGCGCCGACUUGGUUUUGAGUUAUCCCUUCUUCGUAACGCUCACUGGUCAGUAGAGGGUAGACUACAGACUGGUAAAGCGGACUCGGUGGUCUUUGUGGAUGCUUUGGCUCCGUUCGACCCCAGACGGCUCCUGAGACACGGAGGAUGAACGCGCGAGCUCUGCAGUAAUGAUGCGAUUUAUUCUGGACUGCCUGAGGAGACCGGCUUCUACGAGCCCCAAGGAUAAAGGGGACAACGAUGUUGUGGAAACAGAUGAGAGGGUCCUCAGCAAGACAGCCGAGAUCAGAGUAAGAAGACCGCAGCACCUAGCGCUGGAGCUGGAAAAUGCAGUAGCAGUAGAGAACUUGGAGCUGAAAGAACAGCAGUCGGACCGCAAGGAGCUGGAGGAAACUCUGGUUAAGUUAGAGCAACACAAAGACAAGCUGGUUCAGCAGAUAAAAUCCACUCGACAGCUCUGCUAUGAAGAGAGUCAGCAGAUCCUGUCUCUUCAGGCAGAGGAGGUGCAGAAGGAAAACCAGGUGGAGGAGUAUGAGAGAGAGCUGGCCAGAGCCAGGUGGAGGCUGAGAAAGCUCAGAGAGGAGGUCAGACAGGCCAAGAGGAAGCUAGAGGAGGCUGGGGAGAGGAACAUGCCUCUGCAAGAUUCCAUUAAACAGUCCUAUGAAGAGAUCCUGCAGGAGGAGCACACUCUUUGUUCUAUGUCAGGAGGUGCAGUGACACCAGAGAGCCAGCUGGACUCCACAUCUCCUACUGACACCACUGAAGAUGAGCCGAUUCCUGUAAGGCCAUGGGGGAGAAGCCAAUCACUGCCUGCCUAUGCAGACCUUAUAAUGGGAACCAGUGGUUCAUCCUUCUGCAAUAAUCUAGCACAUACGAGACAGAAAGUAGAUGACAGCGGGUCAAGCUCAACAAAGAUGGAAAGAUCGGACGUGGAGGAUGAUCUUGAGGAAUUGGACCAAAAUAAUGAGGAAAUGGAAAAAGUGAUACUGAAGAAAGAUACCACUCAAAACUCAAGUCCUUUCAGUCAACUGGACUUCUACCAAGAUGACCCCUUUGCUCACUGUCAGACUGACCAUGACCUCUUUAAUGAAGUCCUGUUCCCUAAAACAGACUCUUCUGAUGGAUUUGCUUCUGACCCGUUUAAAGGUAGUGACCCCUUUGGACAAGAUAUUUUGUUCCCUGACACAAAUGUCAUCGCUGAUGAGGAAGCAGCAAAUGUGGCUGAUGAUGCAGAUGUUAGUCUGUCCUGUGGUGAAAACAAAGCCUCAACAGGAACUCAGUGCUUUGAGUCUGAGUUCCCUGGUGAAGACAGUGACAUAGAACUCAGCUACAGUAGAGAGGACCUGGAGGCCAUUGCAGGGGUCAGUGAAGAUACUCUUGGAUUUAAACCCAUCCAGAGCUCAUCUGACGAGUUGGGGCCAGAGCUCAUUCGGGAAUGGACAUCACGAGGUCAGUAUUCCGUAGAAUCUGACCCUAAUGGAUAUGAGUUGGACCCCAAUGCUGUCUCCCCCCCCGAGGUUGAAGAAUACAGACUGGGACCUCUAACUGGAGAGAUUACCAUGGAGGAAAAAGCAGAACUGGAAAAAGGUGUGACGUCUGGUGUAGUUGUCUCUGAGCUUGAUGAACAAGGCCUGCUGGAUCGAGAUGUAAUCUCCUCUCAGGGGGUAGAAUGGGUUAACAAGACAGAACCGCAAGUCCUUGCUGAUCCCCAAGACACACUUGACUCCCAGAACACCUUCAUCCAGCCUGAUUCAGAUCAACAGUUAAGCUUUGAUUUGAGCUAUGAAGCAGCAAGUCAGUCUUCCUUUGACCCAUAUGGGUUUAAACUUAGUCCUGAGCAUUCUAGCCACACCCUUUUAGACCCAGAUGAAGCACAACUAAGCCCAGAUCCCUCUGAGCAGGAUCUGACGUUUGAUCCUGAGCCUUGUUCUUCUUCUCCACCAGACCAACUGAACUUUGAUCCUUAUGGAUUUGACAUGAUUUCCUCUAAAAUGGUCCAUGACUUUGACCCUUAUGGCUUUAAGAUUAACCCUGAGCAAGAGAACCAGGAGGUACUUGACGUUUGUGGCCACGAAAACAAGGAAAUUGACUUUGGCAGCUAUCCCAACGAGGAGCAAGUAGAACACCCAAACCAUAGCAACCAGAAAACACAGGAACCUCAUGAAAACCAAGAAGUACUUAGCCCUUGCAGCCACAACAAAUUGCUAGAACAUUGCAGCCAUCAGGAUAUUUUAGAUUUCUCUUGUCCUGAAAACCAAGAAGUUCUACAAUUAGGUAGCAACAGCAACCAGGAACUUCUAGAUUUCUCUUAUGUAGAAAAUCAGGAAGUGCAAGUUUGUGAUAGCCAUGACAACUACAAGCUCCUCCAUCUCAGUAGCAAUGAAGAUGAAGAAACACCAGAUAUAGGUGGCCAUGAAAACCAGGAGGUGCUGGAGUUGGUGAGCACAGAAGUUUUUCCUGAAGCAAACAACAACCAGUGCAUCCAGGAGUCCAAUUACAGCUCAGACAGCGAUAUGACUUCAGAAGUGUCCAACUGUCCAUCCACUAUGGACCUACAGGGAUUGGAACUGAGCAACACCAGCAUCUGCACUACUGAGACCACAAAUAUCAAUGCCAUUGACACCCUCAACACUGCUGUCGGUAUCGCGUCUGCCAACCAAGACCUCACAACUUCCAACAACCCCGUCAGUCACAGUUUGUUAGAAGGUGAUCUGGGUUCCGUGUUUCGGUCUGGAGGAUAUAUCGGUUGUCCUGAUGUUGCUGAUGAUCUAGAGCCUCUUGACAGACGGCAGGUUAACCCAGUGACGGAGCCAGUGCGACCAGUCAGACCAGUUAGGCCUCCCCGGCCGUCACUCAGGGGCAAAGGAAAGGCUCAGACCCAGGCUCAGGACAUCGACCUGAAGUGACUUCUUACCAAAUAUGUCAGCCCAUGAUGACAAUGACAACACAGUCAAAGACGACGAGGAGAGAAGUAAGAUGGCCAAUGUGACAAAAGAACUGAAGGAAUGGAAAGGGGUUGCUGAUUAAAAAUACAGGAGAAAUGUUGUAUGUGUUGGUGUUGGAUGUUUUUGUUUAGAUGUGAAGGAAACACAUGGGAAAUAAUGAAGGUAUCAAAACUAAUAGCCUGCAACUAGUGUUGGAUAGCCUUCGUCAGCUUUAUGGCCACAUAGUUUGCAGAGGACGGUUAAAGACAGUCUCACUGACUCAAAUUCGACGCAUACGUACAUAUACUUGCAAUACUGACUGCCAUCUGACUCCUGUGUCCUUUGAGUCUCUUAGUGAACUUUAGAACUUCUAACUUCCACUAAAAAUGAUUGACUUGAGCUUAGAGUUUGACCCAGUACAAGAGGCCAUACAGAUAAAUUGUAUAUGUAAAUGAUGUACUCUGCAAAUGCAGUGUCUGUUUUUAGAUUAUCUAGUUACUCAAUAGCUGAAAGUUGUUUCACAGCUGUACAGUGUUUGGGUGAAUUGUGCAGCAAGUCUGUUUCCAUAGUCUUUACUUUAACACUUUCUAUCAUCAAAACCUCAGUGUCCAACUUUUAACUUCAUCAAAUGCACCACACCACAAACUGAUACUGUCAACUUUGCAGUGCUGUGCACUACUUUAGUAGCUCAAAUCAGAGAUGGGCUCUAGAUGGGCUUGAUGGGUUCUCAAAUCUGCAACUUAGGAUUUGAGUCACACUAACACACAGACGGUGACUUCAGACACACCCUCAACAGUGAUUUGGGAUGUGGGAACAAUCUUCACUUUAUUCAUGAUCUCCUGUCUGUCAAUUUGAAUGUCAUUUCCUCUCCUAUUACCAUUGUAACCUUAUGGAAUGUGCUCGACCCCCCAGAAACAUCAAUGGUGGUAACCUUAUCUGUAACCGCAGUGCUUUUUGGUAUAAUUGUGAUAUUCUGACUAAGUAUGCAAGAUUUCCAUCAAAGUCUUUGAAGGGACAUGCAUGGCUGAUUUGCUUGAACUGGGUCUUAUUGGAGAAGUGGAUCAGUUCCUUGAAUGAACAAUUAUUUUGUAAAAUCUGUAGUUCCAGUAAUUAACACCCUUUGCAAUUAUCUUUAAUGCUUUCUCUAUAGACUAUCCAGUUACGAUGCAGCAUAGUCUAACAUUAACAAAAUUAUUGUUUUGUUUGUUAGUAUUGAGACUAACGGUGGCUCAAGGUAACCAAACCAAGGACCAAACACACUUCUGUUUUCUUUAUUUUACCAAAACCAAAGGU